ACUAACCUAGGUGACAACUUACUAUAAAGCUAGGUUGGUUCGUCCCUACGGCCUUUAUAGGCGUUCCUAGGGGUGGGGUCAGGAGGGAGCUUUUCAUUGGUGGUUAUUUGGCCCCAGAGAAGUCCAAUGAAAUCUGAAAUUGUUAGCCUUGUACUGAAAACGCAAGUUUCGCGUGUGGGCCAAUGGAAAUUAAAAGUACUUUGAGACCUAAUUUACAUAAGGCGUUCAUAAGGGCUCAGGUCCUCUGGGUCCCUGAUUGCUUUUCUACUUCCUAGACUGUUUUCCACUAUUUGCUUUCAAUCAUGCCUGAACCGGCCAAAUCUGCCCCGGCUCCCAAGAAGGGCUCCAAGAAGGCAGUCACCAAGGCGCAAAAGAAAGACGGCAGGAAGCGCAAGCGCAGCCGCAAGGAGAGCUACUCCAUCUAUGUGUACAAAGUGCUGAAGCAGGUGCACCCGGACACGGGAAUCUCGUCCAAGGCCAUGGGCAUCAUGAACUCCUUUGUCAAUGACAUCUUUGAGCGCAUAGCAAACGAGGCUUCUCGCCUGGCGCAUUACAACAAGCGGUCUACAAUCACAUCGCGGGAGAUCCAGACGGCGGUGCGCCUUCUACUGCCCGGAGAACUGGCUAAGCACGCCGUGUCGGAGGGCACCAAGGCCGUCACCAAGUACACCAGCGCCAAGUAGAGGCUCCCCCGGAUGAGGCGCUCGCUGGCCCUUUUGGUCUUUGAAGGUUCUUUCUUGCAGUCACCCGCGCAAAUCAGGAGAGAGCUUUGUCCACUUAAAUUAGUUUCUAGUUCCUAUUCCAAAGUUACUUUAAGGGUCUUGGGAAAGGUACACUUCCAGAAGUUUUAAGCCUUUGUGGUAUUGAGUUUCCCUGUGGGUGUCUGUUUGCAGUUUAGCUGUACCCUACUUAGUUUCUUGGAGUUCUUUUUAGACUAGGAUCACUAGGGUGGGUCUCUGGGCCUGGCUUCUGUGUUCUAGACUGUUUUGUCCAGGUGCCUUUUAGUUGACGAUUUAAAGUGAAGGUGGUUUCCUUACCUUGGCGAUUAGAGGGCUCCAGGACACAGCUAGGUCUGUGUCGAUAAAUGCUACAACUGAAUGUCUACAACUCAAACCACUCUGUCCCUUUCUUUGCGUCCUGGGCACCAGCGGUUACCAAUACUUAGGGUGGUGUCCCUCUAACUUACUGAUUUACAAACACGAAUGUUCUACGUUGCUGCGGAUUUAGUAGAAGUCAGUUGUGAUUCUGUAACAGGCUUUACAAUCCCUGUUCGUGGCUUGCUUGCUUUGUUGGGUUCUGGUUUUGUUUUUUCCUUUUAAUACUUUGUGUUAACCUCUGCAGUGCUAAGCUACCACAAGGAUACUGCUCCUCUCUGGACCAGGCAGCCAUCUUUCUAAUCCAUACACUCAGGAAUUAGCUUUUCCCUUCUUGUGUCUCCGCGAGACGUCUGAAGUUCCCUUUGCUUUCUUGUUCACACUGUUGCUGGUCAAGCUGGCCUGAUGUUUUUAGACCUCCAGAACCCACCAAUGCCUUAAUCACAGCAGAUGCUACCCUUUAAAAUUACUUACUGAACUAAUUCUUAUAUCACUUUUUAAAAUCACUUAUUGAAUUAAUUUUUAUAAAGGCUGGGGUGACAGAAGCCUUGUUCAUUUGAUGUAUGUGAAGACAUGUUGGAACGAAAAUGUUUGGAGGAUUUUUUUCAAAAUUUGUCUGUAGUUAUAGUUCCUGUGGUGGCUGUUCUUGGUUGUCAACCCAAGCUGCUGGGUACACCUGAGAGGGAUUUUUUUCUUUUUUCUUUUCUUUUCUUUUCUUUUCUUUUCUUUUCUUUUCUUUUCUUUUCUUUUCUUUUCUUUUCUUUUCUUUUCUUUUCUUUUCUUUUCUUUUCUUUUCUUUUCUUUUCUUUUCUUUUCUUUUCUUUCUUUCUUUCUUUCUUUCUUUCUUUCUUUCUUUCUUUCUUUCUCUUUUUUUCCCCCCGAGACAGGGUUUCUCUGUGUAUCCCUGGCUGUCCUGGAACUCACUCUGUAGACCAGGCUGGUCUCAAACUCAGAAAUCCACCUGCCUCUGCCUCCCAGAGUGCUGGGAUUGCAGGCGUGCGCCACCACCACCCGGUGGGAUUUUUUUUCUCUU